GAAAAAAGCCAACCCGUCCCUGCCUCGGCCGCGCCCUCCUCCUCCUCCGGACCUAUCGAGAACGGGCUCCCGGGCGCGCGCCGCGGCGCUCAGCCUGCGCCAGCCAAUCAGGGGGCGUCCGGAGCGGGGGCCCGUGCGCGAGCGGCCGAGCGCCAGCCACGCUCGCCCUCCCUCCCUCGUUCCCCUUUUCCUCGGGGGCUCCGCACUCGGACUAGGCCUCGCAGCCUCGGCCUGGCGUAGCGGGUCGAGCCGGGCGAUGACGACGAGGGCGGCGACGGUGCUGCUGCGGUUGGCGAGGCGGGGCCCUCGCUAGGCCAGAGGAGGAAGAGGCCGCCGCCGUCCCUGCCGCCGCCGCCAUGCCGGCCAAAAGGAAGCUGGUGCCGCCGGCCCUCAACAUCACCCCGACCAUCGCCGAGGGACCCACCCCCACGGGCGGGGAGGGCGACGGCUCUGGUAGCGGUCGGGCGCAUCUCGUUGACCUCCAAAAGAAACUAGAAGAGCUGGAGCUGGAUGAGCAACAGAAGAAGCGGCUGGAAGCCUUUCUCACUCAGAAAGCCAAAGUCGGAGAGCUGAAAGAUGAUGACUUUGAGAGGAUUUCGGAGUUGGGAGCCGGCAAUGGCGGGGUGGUCACCAAAGUACAACACAAACCCUCAGGGCUAAUCAUGGCACGGAAGCUGAUUCACUUGGAGAUCAAACCGGCCAUCAGAAACCAGAUUAUCCGUGAGCUCCAGGUGCUUCAUGAAUGCAACUCCCCCUACAUUGUUGGUUUCUAUGGCGCAUUCUACAGCGAUGGGGAGAUCAGCAUCUGCAUGGAGCACAUGGAUGGAGGCUCCCUAGAUCAGGUUUUGAAAGAAGCGAAAAGAAUUCCAGAGGAAAUCUUGGGGAAAGUCAGCAUAGCGGUUCUACGUGGAUUGGCUUACUUGCGAGAGAAGCAUCAGAUCAUGCAUAGAGAUGUCAAACCAUCUAACAUCUUGGUGAAUUCCCGGGGAGAAAUUAAACUCUGUGAUUUUGGAGUCAGCGGUCAGCUCAUCGACUCCAUGGCAAAUUCCUUUGUGGGCACUCGAUCGUAUAUGUCCCCUGAGCGCUUACAAGGCACUCACUAUUCGGUCCAGUCUGACAUAUGGAGCAUGGGCCUCUCCCUGGUGGAGCUGUCAAUCGGGCGCUAUCCCAUCCCCCCGCCCGACGCCAAGGAACUGGAAGCGAUAUUCGGCCGGCCCGUGAUCGAUGGGGCGGAAGGGGAAACCCACAGCAUCUCCCCACGGCCCAGGCCGCCAGGACGUCCGAUUAGUGGCCAUGGGAUGGACAGCCGGCCCGCAAUGGCCAUCUUUGAACUGCUGGACUACAUAGUUAAUGAGCCGCCUCCUAAGCUGCCGAAUGGGGUUUUCACUCAAGACUUCCAAGAGUUUGUAAAUAAAUGCUUAAUUAAAAACCCUGAUGCUGAACGGGCAGAUCUGAAGAUGCUGAUGAAUCACACCUUCAUCAAGCGCUCCGAGGUGGAAGAGGUGGAUUUUGCAGGCUGGCUUUGUAAGACGCUGCGACUGAACCAGCCCAGCACCCCCACCCGCACUGCCAUGUGACCGCCAAGCCAACGGCCUUGAUCUUCUUCCUCCCCCCCUCCCUUUUUGCACCUGCUUCUCUGCCGUAGUUCACUGCCCUUCAGCAGAAGAAAGAACUGCCCUGCUUUGUCCGUCUUCUCUGCGCUCCGGAACGGCAAAGCACCCGUUGUUUUGGAAAACGGCCCAGUCCUCCGACAGCAAAAAGCGGAGACCAGCUUGCUCCGUUCCAUCCCCGUUUUAUCGCUCACUUUCUUUUUUCCAGGCUGAAUGCCGUGCUCGGAGCCCUCUGACUUGGGGGACGGGUUGCUCUAAAAGUUCUGCUGCUUCUCAUUGGGUUGUGUCACCAGGUAUUUGGGGGGGGGGUCAUCAGGGCAAGCCUGUUUGUGCCCUGUUUGUGCACCUGUUCUCUUUUUGGACGGGGGAGGGGUAGUGGGCCCGAGGAUGGGUGGAAGCUAUCAGACGGGUGGAAGCCUUCACGAAAGGAGCAGCUAGGGCAAAGGUGGGCUGAUUACCAAACUGUGGCUGUUUGAUCUGCAUUGGCAGGGGAAAGGGAGACUCGAGCCUGGUUGCUUCCUGGAUCCUGCCCAGGGAAAGGGCGGGGGAGAGAUUAAGGAAGUCUGUGGGUGAUGUUUCUCUGCUUGGUGGGUGAGCAGUGAGCUGCCUCCCUCUCCUCCUCCUGUGUUUCUUUUUUCUUUUUUUUUACUCUCAGUUUCUUACACGGAAGUGGGACUUCAAUUUCACUUGUUAUUUGGGGGGGGGGAGUCUGCUUGAGGGCGAAGGUACCACUUUCCUAUCCUCUCCUCUCCCCCCCACCCCACAUUCUGGGAACUGUGGUUAUUUUCCUGUCGUCUGCGGGGUGGGGGGGCGCACAUGGUACUGCCUCAAAACUGCAUUUCCUUCCUGUUCUUGCCUGCCCGGCACGCUGUGUCGUAGUGCCGCCUUUCUGAAAUCACGCAGACCGCUAGUUUAUUAAACAGAAAGGGGGAACAUGCUGAGUCAGAAUUCCUUUUUUUGGGUAGUUGAACAAGGAAGAGAAUCUCUGCUGCAAAUUCUGCCCCACCCCACACCUGCAACGGCGAUCUUGCCUUCUCUCUGAAAAGCAAUGUGCGGUCAGUGUGUCCUGCCUGUGGGCAUGGCAGCUCUGCCUUGGAGCAGCAUCUCCUGAUCCGUUCAGACGUCGGUCUGUUCCUGCCUUUCUGUGUGCUGCUGCUGCGCCUCCCAAGCGUGUGCAAUGCGUUCACGAUGCAUUCGUGCUGCCCCCUAAUGCUCCAGGUCCAUCUCUCAAGCCACGAUGCUCCACAACUCAGAGAAGACAUAACCUCGGCAGAAGCCGAAGCAGAUGGGAAAGUCUUUUGCAAGCGUUAUUUUUAGAGGGGUGGGGGACGCCCAGGCGAGGAGCCAUUCGUGGCUUUUGAUUGUGGCAGACUUCAGUGAUGGUUGGUGUUUCAUCUCUCUCCCCACCCCCAAACUCCCUGAGCCUGCUUGGAGUUGAUCCAACUUCAUUACAACUGUUCUUUUUCUCCCCUUUGACCAUCCUUGGUUACGGUUUGAUGCCCAGUAGUGGCUUCUUGGGAAGGGAUGUUGGUAAGACCCCGUGCACUCUCCCCUGCCCAUUUCAAUUAAAAAAAAAAAAAUUCCGAAUGGAUUUCUUGAAGUAUUCUGAUACGGAAUGUUUUUACCUUGUUCCUUUUUUUUGGCAUGCUAAAAAAAAACAGCCAGCUGGUUCCAUUGUUGGAGAAGAAUAGCCAGAAAAUGCCACUCAGUUGGCCACUCUUAGUCCAGUAAGUAAAAGGAAGCCACGACCAGGUGGCUUAGCGGGUCCUUUUUUUGGGGGGGUCGUCCUUUGAAAUGGCCACAGCACAGUUGUCAGGACAUCAAGUUGCUCACUGUGGCCUGCGUUCCUUGGAGGUGAGUGUAUCAGAUACGAACUGCAAACGGGGUGCCCCUCGUGGCGAGGUGCGUCACACUCUCGUAGGCAAAGGCAUCCACAGGAGUCCCAAGUGUAUUGACAGCUUUUACGGUGUGCGGCAGCGACGAACGCUUGUCUCUGCCUGUUCCUCCUCUAGUUAAGAAACCGGCUUGGGGGAUGCCUACGUGAAGCAUCUUGCGAAGAGAAAUGGUUGUCCCGUGACUCACAGAGCCGUCUUGCAGGCCUGGCUCAGCAGCCGCUUCCUUCAGAAGGCGGGAAAGCCCACGGGUGUCUCUACACCUGUACUUGGCGCAGCCGGCCAUCUUGGCUCCCAAACCUUACAACUUGACCAAAAGAAACCUGACAAGUCAGCUUUGUCUCCCGGUGGGAGGGGUCUAUGUAUGGGGGAGGUGCCAGCCAGCAUCUCCCCCUAGGCAGAAAUCUCGAAUGUGUUUGCCAGAGGCUCUCUCCUUUCUCCAGCUCUUCUCCCCCCCCCCCCAUAUUUUCACAGUGCAUUUCCCAAAGGUGUGGGGGGUGGUAAUAACUAAAUGGAAGCUUGUGGACCCCCCUCCCCAGCUUUGUUAAUUUAGUCUCACCCACGGAACGUAUUCUGCAGUGAGGUAGCCACAGGAUGGCCUUUAGCUCGGGGAUAACAGUGUGGAUCGAGCUGUGUGACCCUGGUCGAGGCCCGGUCUGCUGAAGACUGGUGAUGGAGCCCUCACUGUCCCUUGCUGCCAAAUGUAAGAAGCGCAGCUCGGUCUCUUAUGCCGAGAAGCCUGCACACCUUUUCUUUUCCUCUGAAUCUCUUACAGGAGGAGGAGGGGGGAGUGUUGAGCAAGCCCCAAGUUAAAAUGAAGACUGUGGUUCAGCUGAAGCUAGGAGGAAGUUGGGGAGUGGCUCCUUUCCCCGAGUUUUCUGGAGUGGGCCUCAAUUUUGGGGACAUUGCAGGCCACCUACCCACUCUGUUUUUCCUUAGCUCAUCACCUCCCCCCCCCCC